AUGAUUAGCAUAGAGUCGUCGGUUUUGUACAACUGUAGUGCAAUGGUACUUCAGCAGAACAUCUCCUUGCUACUGGAGCUGAACAGAAGCGAGUUGGAGAAUUUUUUAGAAGAAGCUUUCAUCAAGUCCACGAAAAGGGAAGUGCUUAGAGACGGGUUCGCCGAAUGUUUGCAACUGGAGCAACAAAGACCAUUUCAUUUACCCUGGUGGCAAAAGUUGUCCUGGACGUUGAUCUUCGCGGUGAUCCUCUUCGUGGCGACCACAGGGAACGCGAUAGUCAUCUGGAUCGUCUUAGCUCACAGGCGGAUGAGAACUGUCACCAACUAUUUUUUGGUCAACCUUUCUUUAGCUGAUCUGAUGAUGACGUUACUCAACGGUGUGUUCAACUUCAUCUUCAUGCUCAAUUCGGAUUGGCCCUUCGGUACAGUAUAUUGUACAGUCAAUAAUUUCGUGGCCAAUGUGUCUGUCGCUUCCAGUGUCUUCACCCUCGUGGCCAUUUCCUUUGAUAGGUACAUGGCAAUCAUGCGACCUCUUCAGCAUCACAUGUCGCGGAAGAGGGCGAUUUCGGUGCUGAUUUUAAUUUGGUUCGCCUCGGCUUUGUUGGCGACCCCUUGUCUGCUGUAUUCCACCACAAUGACCAGGAGCUAUUCGAGCGGACAAACUAGAAUCGUUUGUUACAUGCUGUGGCCAGAUGGACAUUACCUCAGCAGCAUGACGGAGUACAUCUAUAAUCUGGUGUUUCUGGGGGUUACCUACCUCAUCCCCGUGACGGUAAUGGCGGGGUGUUACACGCUGAUGGGCCGAAUGCUAUGGGGCUUGAAGUCGAUAGGAGAACACACGCAACACCAGAAAGAAUCCGUGAAAUCCAAGCGAAAGGUGGUGAAGAUGUUCAUCAUCGUGGUGACAAUAUUCGCCGUGUGUUGGCUCCCUUAUCACGGGUUUUUUAUUUUCGCCUACCAUCACCGGAGGUUUGUCGAAACCAGCUACGUCCAGCACGUCUACCUGAGCUUCUAUUGGCUCGCCAUGUCCAACGCCAUGGUAAAUCCCAUCAUAUACUACUGGAUGAACACCAGAUUUCGGAUGUACUUUCAAAAGGUGAUGUGCUGUUGCGUUGUGGACAUGGAGAGUGCUCGACGUGGACAAUUGCAAAGUUUCCCAGGACUACAUGCAACGGAACUGGGACCAUCGCACUCUGGUCGGGCGAAAUCCAUGUCCAUUCACUGGAGACAUAGCAGUACGGAGAGUCAUGUGCACACCUUGAAGACGAACUCUCAGAACGAAGACCCCCAUCACCGCCAGAACAGCGUGGUUCUCAUGAGCAAACCCAUGUGUGCACGCGAGCGUAUUUGA